AUGUCAACACGCCACUUCAGCGUUACGGAGCACACCGUUGAAUGUCAGCACAUCCGAGGCUACUACCAAUCCACCGCCAACUCGCAAGAAGAUGUCCUGCACCUCGCUGUGAAGCAAUACACACCACGCAAUAACUUGGCGCCGCAAGCAGGCGACGUGACGAUCAUCGCUGCCCAUGCCGCGGGCGUGUUGAAAGAGCUGUACGAGCCUUUUUUCGAUGACUUGUUGGAGCAAUGGACAGCGACUGCCGAACGGGGCAGGAUCCGCAGCAUAUGGAUCGCAGACGCCGUCACGCACGGGCAGAGCGGUGUCAUGAACGAAGGCCAGCUUGGUAUUGACUUCGACUGGUGGGAUCAUGCCCGUGAUCUGCUGCAUAUGGUCAAUGUCUUCCGUAAAGAGAUGAUCCGCCCUAUUGUGGGUAUCGGGCAUAGUAUGGGCGGGACGAACAUCAUGCAGUUGAGCCAUUUGCACCCGAGGUUGUUUGCUGGCCUCGUGUGUUUCGAGCCUGUCACGUGGAAUAGGUAUGCGCCGCAAUACAACUUCGCGAACAUCUAUUUCAGUGGUGUUCAAAUCGACCGCUGGCCGUCUCGCGAAGUGGCACUGGAGCGGCUUAGGAAGAGUCGCAUGAGGAGCACUUGGGACUCUAGGGUGGUGGCGAAGUACGAGGAGUAUGCAUUGCGUAAGCUGCCUACGCUGCUGUAUCCUGACGCACCGCAGAACAGUGAGGGUGCAGAAGCCGUCACUUUGACUAUGACUAUACAUCAUGACGUCCGCGCCUUUGCACGAGGUGCUCAUCCAGCAGCAGAUAAGAGUUUCAGUGAGUUUCAACCAGACAGCAGGACACAUCCCGAUCUUACACAAGCCGAGUUCGAUGCACUCGGACAACCCGCAUAUCAACCGGCAAUGUUAUCAACGUUUGCCAUCUUACCGUUGAUACGUCCAGCGUGCUUGUACAUCCACGGAGAGUGUGUGAACUUCGCGAAUAACAUGCCUGAAUUUCGGGACGACUUCUUAAGCAGAAUAGGUGUCGGACCAGGCGGCAGUGGUGGAGAAGUCGCGGGCAAGGUGCAGAGGAGAAGCGUGCAAGGCAGUCACUUCGCGCCCCUCGAGCAUCCUAGACUUGUUGCUGAGGUAAGUGCGAAGUGGAUAGCUGAGACUUUGGUCAAAUUUCGUGGUGACGAGACUAAAGAUGAGGCUGAAUGGAAGAGCCUUGACAGGAGGGAGAAAACGAUGCUCUCGGCUGAUUGGAUGUUUUGGGCUGAAAAGGCGUACAAGCCGAAGACGUCGAAGGUUAAAACUACUUCAAAGCUGUGA